AUGGAAGCGUCCUUGCUCGUGGCUCCCAAGCCUUCCAUGCCCAGGACCGUUUCUUCCAUCUUCUCCGCCAGGGGACCCGCUAGGAGGUGGGGGCGCCUCGCCGUCGCUGCCACCGCCAAGGUCACUUGCUCUUCCUUCGAGUUCGACCAGCACGCUCUCUUCUUCGUUCUCAUGAUUCUUCCAUUUGUGCAAACACAGCAACUCGGCACCCGCUCAGAAAGUGUGAACGUCGAUGCCCCGGUCGAGCACCUAGCGUCGCCUACUACGAGCAAGACAACAACGACGGCGGGAGGUCGCGGCGGCCUGCUCGCCACCGCGGCGGCGACGACCAGCAGCUGCACGGCAGCGCUACCGUGUCACGCUUUAUCAGCCGGGGCGGUGGAAUCGAGACCGUCGCUGGACACCCUGUACCGCGCGGCGGCGGUGCUGGGCGACCUGGACCCGGCGACGGCGAGUGCGGUGGCGGGCGUGGCGGGGCCGGUGCUGUCGGCGUUCGGCUUCCUCUUCAUCCUGCGGAUCGUCAUGUCGUGGUACCCGAGGCUCCCCGUCACGGAGUUCCCCUACGUGGUGGCGUACGCGCCCACGGAGCCGUUCCUCGCCGUCACACGCAGGGUCAUUCCGCCGCUCGGCGGCGUCGACGUCACGCCCGUCGUCUGGUUCGGACUCGUCAGCUUCCUCAGCGAGAUCCUCGUCGGGCCACAGGGCCUGCUCGUCCUGCUCUCGCAGCAGCGCUAG